CUGAUGGAGAAACAAGUGGAGCUGAAAGUCAGAGUCUGUCAGGUGGAGGUGGAGGAGGGGGCGGAGUCUGUCCAGCUGCCCUUCAACACCACACAAAACCUGCCUGAAGAUGCUGAAGUUGUGUGGAGACGCUAUGAACCAUACAGGAAGGUGCGCAUGUAUAAGAACGGCUCCGACCAGCCUGAAAAACAGGAUCAGGAUUACAGAGACCGAACAAAGAUGAAUGAAGACCUGCUGAAAACUGGAGACCUCAGUCUGACCCUGAAAUACCCCACAGACUGGGACAGUGGAGAAUACAGAUGUGAUGUCUGGAGGAGCAUAUGGUUCAUCAGAAGAAAAACAGUGCUGCUCAAAGUCAAAGGGAGAGUUCAGGUUCAGGAUCAAACAGGGGACAUCAGGAACAGAAGCAGCUCCAUUGAUCCGACUCCUCUGAUGUCUGAUAAAUUAGUUUAAUCUGUGUGUUCUUUGAUUAUUGAUCGGUGAUGUCAGAGUGGAGCCAUGUUGUUGUUGUGUGACUGAAGCUGUGUCCCAAUCCAGCAAGCGCACGCUUCGGAGUACCCGCACUUCGCGGACUACGUGGGGCAGGUACUACGAAGUAUGAGAAGGGUAAAUAAAAAAGGUAAAUGGCCUGUAUUUGUAUAGGCCUUUACUUAGUCCCUAAGG